AUGUCCCAUCUCUUUGAUGCACCGGAAGGCCUGCGUAUGGCGAGGCAAGAAUUAUCUGUUCACGACUUCACCGAUGGAUGGACGCUCUUCCGCAAGCUCGCCCUCGCCGACACACUCAACUUCACAUUUUGGUUCAAUACUGCCUUCCGCGCCAUCAUUCAUAUGCAAGACAGCGAUCACUAUAUUCAAUCCAGCGAUGCCGCUGCGCUUGGUCUCCCUCUAUUCCUUCGGAUUUAUACGGUUCGCCAGGAAAUUGAACUGCAUCGCAAGGCCCUUGCGUGCCAGCUCCCCACAUUCCUCAUUAGCCCUGCCUGCAAUACGGAAGAUAUCUGCAAAGAUGCGUGGGCUAGUGCAUGGUUUGAAUACUUUGCACUCCGUCUUGUACACCCUGACGAGCCUGUCUGUGACCGGGACAUCCUGAUCGAGAUGGAGUCUCACUCAAACUGGCCGGAUCUGUGCGAGUUCUGUCACAUCGAUAACGUGCGGGACCUCAGGUCAAUGUACCCAAACCCUUUCGAUGGGGAAGAGUGUAUCAUCCGGCGUGCACUUGGUGAACCAGAGGACGAUGCCAUCAUGAUUGAUGACGAGUAG